AUGGCUGAGAUUCAAUCAUUAAAUACAGAGCCCGUUGGUAUCGUGCCGACCACGGAUUCUGCCGGCCAACGGCAAUCCCAGCAGCGAGGGCCACCAUUGCACCAGAUCUAUGCCCUUCCGGCACCGAUCCGCACGUUUCCUCUGCCGGCCUUUUACCCGAACAACCCCAUAUCCUUCUUCCAUGUUGCGUAUGCGUGGUUAGGCCAGCUGUGGUCUCCACCAAAGGCGGAACCCUCAGUUGUGCACAUUGGAACCUGGUCUGCCGCUACAUCGUCUGUCCACAUUACGGAUGAUGUCUCUACCCGAGCCUUGUGGGAGCAAGGCUUCUAUGGAAAGGGUACUCUAAGUCGUAGUGAGCCAAAUUGGCUUAAGCGUGAGCAGGUCCGACAAGGACUUGCUGAUGCACAUGUCAGCGAAAUCAUGACAGUGCAGAGACGUGAAGAGCGUAUGCGCGCCAAGUGGGAGCGAGCACGUCUCGAGCAGGAAGUGAUUAGAGAGACUAGACUGAAGGAAGCCGAAGAAGCGAAAGCGAGGGAAAUUAAGGCACAAGAAACCAAAACCCUAAAGGCAGAGCAAAAGAAGCUGCGAGCCCAAGAGUCGAAAGACAUUGCAUCGCUCGGGUCUGACAAGCCAAUUUCACCCUCCGCCGCCGCUCUUCCAACCUACGAGUCACCUGUCAGCCCUGCCGCACUUCUGUCUUUACCAAACUCAUUGGCAGACCUGGUUCAGCCCAAGCCCAUUCAGCCUGUCGAACCUGUCAUUCUUGUGCCAACAUUUGCCUCGCCAGUGUGCCCUGGGACCAUUCUAUCUCUACCAAACUCGGCGUCAGAUAUCGUCAGUGAGCUUGCUGGUGACAAGGCUACCGAUGAGCUCAAUAUUCUUGGGAUUUCUGGAUCCCAUAUGGCUGGACUUGGUCUGUCUGUGGAUACUGUGCGUUCCAACUCGGUCAACGGAGUCGUUACCAAUGGCACGGCUUCUGUUAUAAGCUCCGCAUCUGAUGAUGAAGACGUCACGAGACCGAAGAACCGUCGCAAGAGCGUCCGAUUUUCUCCUACUGUGGAGUCAACUACGUUUCAUUUCGCAGACCCUCCAAGCCCCAAACGUGUAGAGUCCAACGGCAAGCUGAAUGGGCUGGGUGAUGCCCGCCCUAUCUCGCCUGUAGCUCUUAACGGACGAAAAGAAGACGCCCAAACGGAUAUUGCAAGCAAGCCUAUUCUGAAGAAUAUGGAACACCUCCAGCUUAUGCCCGAGGAGGCUUUCUUCCUAAGCUUCGGCUUGGGGGCCUUGCAAGUUACCGACCCUGCUUCUGGCUCUCAGUUGUCAUCGUUGGAUUUGUUGAGACUCUUCCGACAGCAUUCAUACUUCCCCCCUCGUGUUGAGGCUGAAGACCCUGCCCUUCAGCCCGACGACAACUUUUUGGUUCACUACGCCGUCUAUCACCACUUCAGAUCGCUUGGUUGGGUUCCUCGUGGCGGUAUCAAGUUUGGUGUUGACUGGAUGUUGUACACUCGAGGACCUGUUUUUGAUCAUGCCGAGUUUGGAUUGAUUGUCAUUCCGUCCUACUCUGAUGCCCUUUGGAAGGAAAGCGGAAAGCAGAAGCCGCAAAAGACCUGGCAAUGGCUUCAUGGGACUGUGCGCGUCCUUUCACACGUCACCAAAAGUCUUGUGCUCGUUUAUGUGGAUGUGCCACCUCCAUCCAAAUUCGAGCAGGCUCUUGAGCAAGGUGUCGCCGAGGCCCUGAAGCUAUACAAGGUCAGAGAAGUGAUGGUCAAGCGAUGGUCAAGCAAUCGCAACAGAGGAUGA